AUGCGUACCAUAGCAGCAGCCUCCCUGCUCCUUGCAGCAACAUCUCCGUUGAUCUCAGCACAUGGCGACCACCAUCACCACGCUCAACGAGAUUUCACUCCUGCCGAACUAAAGGAGCUCCAGGACAAAUGGGGCACCGAUUUUGGCUUUGGUGGCAUCAGCACGUUUGCGCAUCUGCCUCAUCACAAAUGCUUGACGAACCCGCAAACGCCAUUCGACAUCGGCAUCAUCGGAGCACCAUUCGACACUGCUGUUUCCUAUCGCCCGGGUGCGAGGUUUGGUCCUCGUGCCAUUCGUGCAGCCUCGGCGAGACAGACUGCUCUGCGUGGAUACAACCCGCGAGCAAGUCUGAAUCCUUACACUUCCUGGGCUAACGUGGUCGAUUGUGGCGAUAUCCCCAUCACGCCUUUUGACAAUGGGUUGGCUUUGCGACAGAUGAGCGAAGGAUAUAAUGAGCUUGCUACCAGAGUCGCCGUUCCUGCGAAUGUGGACUCAGCGGCGACAUAUCUGCAGACCGCAAAGAUUGUCACUCUGGGCGGUGAUCACAGUAUCGCUCUUCCGGCCUUGAGAGCUCUGAACAAGAAGUACGGCAAACCUGUUGCAGUCGUGCACUUUGAUGCCCAUUUGGAUACCUGGCACCCUUCCAAAUACCCUUCCUACUGGCUUGACCUCGAUGACCCAUCCACCCAGUCCUUCUUCACCCAUGGAAACAUGUUCUGGAUGGCCGCAACAGAGGGCUUGAUCGCAAACGGCUCCUCCAUCCAUGCCGGUCUGCGCACCAGAUUGUCGGAUGAAGACGACUACACAAAUGACACCGAGCAAGGCUUCGUCCGCAUCUCUGCAGACGACAUUGACGAUAUUGGCACCAAAGGAGUCAUCUCGAAAAUUUUGUCUACGGUUCCUGCAGACUACCCUGUCUAUCUCUCUAUCGAUAUUGAUGUCAUUGAUCCUGGUCUUGCGCCUGGUACCGGCACUCCCGAGCCAGGCGGUUGGACUACUAGAGAAUUGAUCCGUAUCCUCAGAGGUAUUGAGGGCCUCAACGUUGUCGGCGCUGAUGUUGUGGAAGUGUCUCCGGCAUAUGACUCUCAGGCCGAGACUACGGCACUUGCUGCUGCUCAGGUUGUGUAUGAGAUUGUUACUUCUAUGGUCAGAAGGGGCUUGAUGGAGUUGGCAAGGACAAAACAAGACGUUGUCAAAGAUGAGCUGUAG